AUGGCCGGGAAUUGUUUUCGCCGGUUCUGGUGGUGGCUCCCGAUCGCGAUCCUAUCCGGGUGCUUUACCCCCGCGGUCGAAGCCGGUCGUAUUACGUGCACGUCCACCUAUCCCUCGGAGGCAGCGCGGCUCGACGCGGACGUAAUAAUCUUCCUGGGCGAGAGAUGCGACGGGGAGAUCAACGUCACCGAGAUACAGGAUCACCUGGAGCGCUCGCCCGAUCUGGCCGGCGAGCUCUCGAUCAGCGUGUUACCGCGAUCCCUGACGUGCGAGACGGAAACCGGCGGUCUCGGCGCGCUGAUCCACGCUCUCGGCGAUAGCAACACGAAGGCGGUGAUAGCCGCCCUCGACAGCUCGAUCUGCGAGGUCGCCGCCAAACUCGCGCAUCUUGGGAAUAAACCGCUGCUAACUUGGACUUGCCCGCUGAGAGACUCAGAGGAAAGGGAUCUCUCCUCGAUCAUUAGGCUCUCCCCGUCAUUACCGUCAAUGGCUAAUGCCGUGGCGAAAAUAUUUCUGCACUUGCAGUGGAAGACCGCGGCCGUUAUCAGUAUAGAUCGCGAGCCGUGGUCCAGCCUGGAUCGCGCUGUAAUCAACGCGUUCCGAAGGAUCGACGUCGUCCUGCGGUACCAUCUGAUUCUACCCCAUCGCGCCACCCUCGAGCAGAUCCGCAGGAUUCUGAGGUCCAUGCACAGCGUCUCCCGUCGCGCCACGGUGCUUUGUCUGCCGCUACUCGACGAGAUGACGAGCCGCGUCCUGAUCGAGCUGAACGUCGCGUGGCAAACGCACAUCCAGAAUUCCGUCAUCCUGAUGAUCCACACGGAGGAUAUCGACCUUUUCCUUCCGAGAGACGACACGCCGCCCACGUCACCCCCCACUGAUCCAUCGACCUUGGCCCACCCCGCGAUUACUCAGUCUUCCAAUUUUUCUACCUCGAACGUAACUCGCACCGGCCCGCACGCGACCCCGGAGAGAGACGAGAGAGUGCGGAGGGUGCAGCAGACCACGCGAAGAUUCGCCCCGCCGAGGAAUCUCAGCAGCACCGCGAUCGAGAAUCUGCUUGUGGUCGCGCCACUCGAUCAGAGGUACGACGUGAGGAAGGUCCUCAACGGCACGCAGGAUUACGCAACGCCGGCUUUGCUCGACCGGCUGAACGAAUCGCUGACCGUGCUAACGCGCGACAACAGCAGUCUCGACGGCCACAACAACAAGAUGUACACGUACGCCCUAAUGAACUGGCGUAACGCCGGCUGGAAGCCGAUCCUCGCGAUGUCCGAGGAGCCUAAGCGGCUGGUGGUCCAGCAGCUGACGCCAAGCGCGGUGGCGUUUCUCAACAUCGAGGCGCCCGAUCUGCCGUCCUGCGACGUCGACGGCGAUUGCCAGAAUGGCUUGGCCGACAUGUCUUUCCGUACCACACAUAUCGUAUCUAUUAUUCUUGGGUCGCUGCUGUUCACCUUUGUCGCCAUCGCCGUCGCGAUUAUAAUCCGGAAGCGGCUGCUUAAGAAAAGGAUGUCCAAGGGUCCGUACAAAAUCAUUUUAACGACGUCGGACUUCGUUUUUCCUCAAGUGCCUCCAGUAGAUUCAAGAACGGUAGACGAGGGCAUCGAGGCGAUGCUGUGCUGCUGGCUGCAGCAGCUGCAGGAGUUCGGCGGGCCGGAAGUCGAGAAGCCGGAUCUGCUGCAACUCGGAAGCGUGAACUCGCUGAGGCCGUACCUGCAGGCCAGCGGCGGAAACAUACCGCGGCACACCUUCUUCAAGGAUCCACGCGCCAGAUAUAACGGUGACUUGGUUCAAUUGAAGGAGCUGCCCUUUCAAGGUACGUUCGAACUGAAGAGCAAGGCCAUGGACGUGCUGGUCACGAUCCACGGGCUGCGACACGAGAACCUCAAUCCUCUGAUUGGAUGCCUUAACGAACCUACGAGACCCUGUCUAGUGUCGGAGUACUGCUCGAGGGGCUCCCUGGAGGACGUGCUCGUCCAGGACGAGAUUAAACUCGACUGGUCCUUCAGAUUAUCCUUGCUCACCGAUCUCGUACGGGGUAUGAAAUACCUUCACAGCACGCCAAUACGCGCCCACGGCUACCUCACGUCGCGGAAUUGCGUGAUCGAUGCGAGGUGGGUCUUGAAAGUCACCGAUUACGGCCUGCCUGCGUUUUAUGAAGCCCAGAACAUAGUGCCGCCAGUGAAAACAGCUCGGGACCUGUUGUGGACCGCCCCGGAACUCCUUAGGUCCCUGAACUUGCGGAAAAGAGGAACCCAGCCGGGGGAUGUUUACAGUUUUGGAAUUAUCAUGCAGGAGGUCGUUGUCCGCGGAGAACCAUUUUGUAUGCUCGCCCUAUCUCCGGAAGAUAUAAUCGAGAAAGUAAUGAAGCCACCGCCCCUGAUCAGACCAUCGGUCAGCAAGGGUGCUGCGCCACCGGAAGCCAUAAACAUCAUGCGCCAGUGCUGGGCGGAAACUGCUGAAAUGAGGCCCGACUUUGACGACGUGCACGAUCUCUUCAAGAAGCUGAAUCACGGGAGGAAGGUAAACUUCGUAGACACGAUGUUUCAAAUGCUCGAGAAGUACUCGAACAAUCUGGAGGAACUUAUCCGCGAGCGUACGGAACAGCUUGACAUGGAGAAGAAAAAGACCGAGCAAUUACUGAAUCGAAUGCUACCUAGUUCGGUCGCCGAGAAACUGAAGCUCGGCAUGCCCGUCGAUCCCGAAGAGUUUCGCGAGGUCACUAUUUAUUUCUCGGACAUCGUUGGCUUCACGACGAUAUCCGCGCGUUCGACGCCCUUUCAGGUGGUUGAUCUCCUCAACGAUCUAUACACCUGCUUUGACGACACGAUUAACGCGUACACAGUUUACAAGGUGGAGACUAUCGGGGACGCCUACAUGGUUGUAGGCGGUUGCCCGGUGAGAAUACCCGAUCAUGCAACUCAAGUUGCCACCAUGGCGCUCGAUCUGUUACAUCAGAGUGGAAAGUUUAAGUUGAAACACCUUCCGGACACGCCGCUCAGGCUACGCAUCGGUCUUCACACGGGCCCGUGUUGUGCCGGCGUGGUAGGUUUAACAAUGCCGCGUUAUUGCUUAUUCGGCGACACCGUGAACACCGCCUCGAGGAUGGAGUCGACCGGGGCGCCGUGGCGUAUCCAUCUGAGCCAAGCGACGAGGGAUCGAUUGACGCAGGUCGGCGGAUACCACAUCGAAUACCGCGGGCCCACCGACGUCAAGGGCAAAGGCAAGAUGCCGACCUACUGGCUGCUCGGCAAGCAGGGCUUCGACAAGGAGCUCCCCAAGCCGCCACCCCUUAGGGAGAACCAUGGGCUCGACGAAAGUCUUAUGCUGGAUCGCCAGAACGGAGUGCCGAGCGACUCGGCGUGUUCGCAGCUGCCGGUGAUCCCGUCGCAGGACGAGACGCACGAGGAGCCGGCGAGUCCUGUCGAGGUCAGCCCCGACGGCCAGAACCGCCAGGAUUCCGUCAGCAGCGGAGUCACCAACAGCGGCAGUCGAGCCGCGUCCUUCGAGGAGGCCGCUGCCGGCACCAGGAGGGUCGCCGUGUCCGUGCACGACGAGCGCACGUUGCUGCCUACGAGCUAUUCCUUGAAGUCCACCCACGACUUCAUCGAGGUGUUGCAGGGUAAACAGGACACGGCGGCGAGGACGAGCGAGGCGGCCCACGGCGGCGUGACCAAGAGCACAUCCGGCGACAAUCAAGCCUCGCUCGGCGUGUCGACCUCGAUCUCGGUGUCCGGUGCCGAGCCGACCGCGGCGAUCCUCGGCGCGUCCACCAGCUCGCUCACGUCGAUCGCCAGCUCGGCGGCGUAUCGACAGCCACUGCCGAGGCAUCGCCGCUUCGCCGGGUACCUCGAGAACGAUCUUAGCACGCCGUACAACCAUUAUAGAUGUCUGUCGCCCAAUGAGCAUCACGGGAAGAGCCCCGGGUACCGAAUGCUCAAGAGGCAGUUCAGCCUGGAUCGUCCGGACGAGCCGGUGUCUAUAAUCCCAGAGCAGUCCCAGCCGCGAUCGACUCCUCGUCUCUACAAGCAAAAUAGCGCGGGCGCGGCCAAUGACUUGGAGAGAAUCGAGGAAGUGCCACCGGCAACCCCUAAGCCCCUCCCACAGAAUUACCGUCACGCCGCUUCCGUAUCCCUCUCCGUCGAGUCCCUAUCGUUACGUUAAAAUCCCCGUCGAGAAAAGUUUUACGAGCGGAAGAUCGAACGCGAUAUACGCGUGUCGACACGUGUCGCGUUUCGAGCAGCGAGCGAUUUACGCCAAGAAUCGCUGUCACGAUGUUAAAACGCCGUGUUAAAGAGACACGAGAGAUACGCGAACCGCAGUUUCACGUGUAAUUCCACUUCUGGCAAACGAGAAAAAAAACGAGAGAUCUCGGUUAAGCCGUGAUUGGAAGUUAAUCGACGCCGGCACCGAUUCUCGACGAUCACCGCCGAGAGAGAGACGUCGGAUCGAAAGCCCGAUCGCAAUAUUUUAUCACAGAGAAUCGGUAUCUUUGAAGACGCGGUAAACGAUUGCUGCUCCGUCUGUAUUCUUGUCGUUGUGAAUGUACAUUGUAUCGGUGUCUGAUAAGCGAUAAUACCCGCGGACAGGGGAUCGGAACGAACGCAAUUCGUGCAGUUAGAGAUUUAAUGGUUUAGGCGCGUGUUGUAAAUUUACGAAUAAUCGUUGGUGCAAAGAAAAACCCGCUAGGAUUUACGGGCAAUCCGCUCCUUCCUCCGACGUGUCUGUACCUGGCAAUCUUACAUAAAUCAACGUUUCAUCGAUAACUCAACGACGCUGUCUCCUAUCUUCGAUGCCGAACCAUCGGCACCCCCGACAGCACAGAUAUUUAACGGGCGCUCUUAGAUAUCUGUCGAACGUUUAAAUGGCAUUCAGAAAUCUGAAUGCUUCGGGUAACCAAGAGGUCCCAUUAAAUUUCUACGCCUCAAUUUGUACUAGAUAUAACUUGACUCACUUCCUUUAGUAGAACGUCAAAAUCUUAAACGAGUAACGUACCUCUCACUCUCGUUUUCAGAGUUUUUCACAGCACCGCGUAAGAGCGGUCGUUUUUUACCUCGCAAGAAUUAAACAUUGUCCCCCCUCCCACGAUUAACUUGACUAUAGUCGUAAACGAUGGUAUACUUUUGCUAGAUGUACCUACCUGUAAAGCGAAGAUCUCAAGUUGAUAUUACUGAGUGAAAAUUUUAAUGUUACAAAAUCACUUCCACGCGUCUCGCGCGGAAGAUAAGAAAGUUCCAGCUCCAUAAACUUAACGUGGAUAUUAAGGCUAUUAACAGAGGCAAGACAGAUAGCAAGUUGAAUACGAAAGGAGAAACGUUUAACUGAUUAAUCGUUUAUAAUUUUUUGUUGAAUGUAUCUCGAUAAAAAGAUUAUUUCUCGCGAAAGAAGUUGAAUAUAUUGCUCGUACAUGUACAGUCUUUAUGUAAUAAUUGCAAUAUUUCGGUCGAAACUCACGAUGUGCGAUCGAUGGGCUAUGAUGUCAAUCCAGAAAGAAAGUUACGUAGAAUGUAUUUAAUUGUCAUCUCGCGAUUAUGGCAGCAGAGAAGUACUUCAUCGGUCAGCAGGUACGUAAAUAUAGAUGUGACUGACAUUGUUGUUAUUUCCGGCCUAACAGUUCCACGAGGACCGAAGGAACACUCGGUCCUCUGUUGCAUGCGGGUUUUGUAAUAACGAGUGAUAACUUCACGAAACGCAGCCUCUUAAACCGUGGGCAUUGUGCGCGAAAAGUAGACAAAUGCUUCAAUCGUUAACAAAGACUCAAUCCAACUGACAAUUGAAUAAAGUUUACACGCGCAAGCAGAUAGUACAACAAUUAUAUUCUUCUACAAAUUCUAUAUUUUUCCCAAUGUCUUAUUUUAGAAAUUUCAGCACUUGAAAAGUAUUUUUCGAUUUUCUUCAAUUGCCGAUUCCUUAAACAAAUUGAAUAAAUUUCUUCCCGCCGAAUAAUAAUUAAUAUUUAUUACUAAUUAUCUGUAUGAUCUAUCUUUGUAUCAAAUUCUAUUAAAUAAUUAGCUUAAAAUUUGAUAAGAAAAUACAAUUUACUUCUAACUUAAAGCCUAGUCACUUAAACAAAUUACCAAUUGUGAUUAGUGACGAUAGUUUUGCGACAAUCUGUAAAUCAUUGUAAGAUCAUGGCUCAGAUAGUGACAGUAUCUUUGAACCAUUCGUGUUAAGAUUCUCUGAGGCCAGUAUAAUCGCAAGGAUAAUGGCAGGGCGGGGUUAUCCAGCUGGCUUUCUUAAUUCAUCAUUUUAGAAAAUCUCUUGCGGUCGACGAGCGAGAAUCAAUCUUGCGGCGAGUCACGAGUGACAUGAGAAACGAUUGACUGGCGAUCAGAAGAACUUUCUUACACGUUCUCGCGCCAAGUGCGAUCGCUAUGCGGCACAGGUUCUUACUUUAUGAUCGUAAACGCUGGUAAUGUCACGCCAAGCACACGGAUGACGGAGUGCGACGUAAACAUCCGGAGAUCGCGAAGUGAUCAUAAUGGACGAGACUUCGAUCGGUCUCCCGGCGAAGCUGUGGCUAAGGGACGUAUAUUUUAUUAUUGAGACAAGAGUACAGUCGCUCGAUAAACGUAUAGCGAACUCGGCAGCUUGCACUAGUGCGCACUGAGUGCACACCAAGGCUUCUUCAGGGUCUACUGUUAUAUUUGUGGCCAUCUUAAGCAUACGUUCGAAAACUAUCUAGCAAUGAUCCGUACGAACGCUAUACGGAUCAUUUUACUGGCUAAGAAGUAUUUCAAAAAGUAUUAAAGGGGAUCCUCAA